AGAAAAAAGCUCGUUGGUGCUUAGAUCGCUUUUUUUUUCUUCUUUAGUAUUCCCUCUAUCCUUCCGUUCACUCCAGCGUGAAAGAGAAAACAACGAAGAUAGCGUUCGUUGAUUUCGUCGUCUUCGUUUUUUUUUUUGAUAUUCUUCUGAGCCUUCAUCCAUUUUUGGCCGUCUUUUUUUCUUCUCCUCGUGUAUGCUGGUGGCGUUUGCUCUUCUUCUUUUGACCUACCUACGGCUUCGGCGUACCAUAACUCCGUACAAGCUCAGGUGUGCGUGGAGAGGACAGGAUAAUAAAACACCAUUCAACAAGACGCUUUCUACCGUUGUGCACGACUUCUCACCUCGUCUAACCCAAUAA